AUGAAAUGCUAUAAAGAAGCUAUUAGAAUUGAUCCAAAUAAUCAUUAUGCAUACAAUUGCAUAGGAAAAAUCUUCUAUAAUGAAAAGAGAUAUAAAGAAGCAGUAAAACAUUACAACGAUGCAAUUAGAAUCAAUCCAAGUGAAGCAUGCUAUUUUUUAUGGAAAGGAGAUGCUCUUAGAGAGUUAGGGAGAAGAGAAGAAGCUAUGGAAUGCUAUAAAGAAGCUAUCAGAAUUGAUCCAAAUAAUGCUGAUGCAUACAUUGGCAUAGGAAUUAUCUUCCUUAAUGAAAAGAGAUAUGAAGAAGCAGUGAAACAUUACAACGAUGCAAUUAGAAUCAACCCAAACUGUGCAUUUUAUUAUUCAAAUAAAGGAAAUGCUCUAUAUAAGUUAAGUAGAAGAGAAGAAGCUAUGGAAUGCUAUAAAGAAGCUAUCAGAAUUGAUCCAAAUUAUGCUGAUGCAUACAAUGGCAUAGGAAAAAUCUUCUAUAAAGAAGAGAGAUAUGAAGAAGCAGUAAACUGUUACAGCGAUGCAAUUAUAUUCAACCCAAACGAUGCAAUUUAUUAUAAUAAUAAAGGAGAUGCUCUAUAUGAGUUAGAGAGAAGAGAAGAAGUUAUGGAAUGCUAUAAAGAAGCUAUCAGAAUUCAUCCAAAUAAUGCUGAUGCAUACAUUCGCAUAGGACUUAUCUUCCUUAAUGAAAAGAGAUAUGAAGAAGCAGUAAAACAUUACAACGAUGCAAUUAGAAUCAACCCAAACUGUUGAAUUUAUUAUAGAAAUAAAAGAAAUGCACUUAGAGAGUUAGGGAGAAGAGAAGAAGCUAUGGAAUGCUAUAAAGAAGCUAUUAGAAUUGAUCCAAAUAAUCAUUAUGCAUACAAUUGCAUAGGAAACAUCUUCUAUAAUGAAAAGAGAUAUAAAGAAGCAGUAAAACAUUACAACGAUGCAAUUAGAAUCAAUCCAAACUCUGCAAACUAUUACUUUAAUAAAGGAAAUGCUCUAUAUGAGUUAGGCAGAAUAGAAGAAACAGUGAAAUGCUUGAACAAAGCGAGGAGUUUAUAA